AUGCAAGGAGAGUUCUACAUCGAUGAAUGCACCAACAUCUAUGGAAGCAACUACAACUCAGCUUCAGUGGCAGCAGCUGUAGCGAAUGUGAACGCCUACUACGGAGGACGAGAUCAUAUGGAUUCGUCCUAUAUCAUCCUACCCAAUGGAAACAUUGACCCAUGGCAUGCACUUGGCAAAUUGAACAGCACUACUUCCACGAUUAUCCCAGUAGUGAUUGACGGAACUGCUCAUUGUGCCGACAUGUACGCGCCAUCUCUCAGUGAUCCUGCAUCAAUGACGGCCGCCCGGAAAUUCAUCUCGACUCAAAUUCAGCAAUGGCUUCAAGCCAUAAACUGA